AUGGAGAAGGUGCAGAAGAACGACUACAAGAAGAAGAAGAACUGCUUCGAGAUCCAGACCCCCGAUCGCAACUACCACCUCUUCGCCUCCACCGGCGAGGAAACCGAUCAGUGGGUUCAGGUUCUCCAGAAGGCCUUCUCCGAAAAUAGGGCGGAGGCCUCUGCGUCGUCGUCCUCGUCUUCGCCGUCGAGUGAGUCCGCCGCUCCCGCCGCGUCCCCGGCCGCCAACGGCUCCGGCCCCGCCGCCAACAAGGAGGUGGAGGCGGACAGGGUGAAGGUGAACGACUUCCAGUCGCUCAAGGUGAUCGGCAAGGGCUCGUUCGGCAAGGUCCUCCAGGUCCGGUACAAGAAGACCGGCCAGAUCUUCGCCAUGAAAGUCCUCAACAAGAAGACCAUCCUCGACCGCAACGAACUCGACCACACGCGCGCGGAGAAGAACAUUUUGAUGCGGCUCACCUGCCCGUUCCUCGUCCGCCUGUACUACUCCUUCCAGACCCAGGACAAGCUCUACUUUGUGAUGGACUAUGUGAACGGCGGCGAGCUGUUCUUCCACCUCCAGAAGGAGAAGACCUUCGCGCCCAAGCGCGUCCAGUUCUACGGCGCCGAGAUCGUCGUCGGCCUCGAGUACCUCCACAACCAGGGCGUCAUCUACCGUGAUUUGAAGCCGGAGAAUAUUCUCAUCACGGCCGAGGGCCACAUCUGCAUGACGGACUUCGGCAUCUCCAAGGAGGGCCUGCUCGCCAAGGACGACCGCACCGCCACCUUCUGCGGCACCCCCGAGUACCUCGCGCCGGAGGUGCUGGAGGGCAAGGGCUACGGUAAGGAGGUCGAUUGGUGGAGCUUCGGUACCCUCAUGUACGAGAUGUUCACCGGCCUGCCGCCGUUCUACAGCGAGGACGUGCAGCUUAUGUACUCCAAGAUCAUGAACGCCAAGCUCAAGUUCCCCUCGACCAUCCCCGCCGAGGCUGCCAACCUCAUCGAAGGCCUGCUGAGCCGUGACCCCAAGGAGAGGCUGUCCGAUCCGACCGCCAUCAGGGCCCAUCCCUACUUUGCCAACAUCGAUUGGGACAAGCUCAUCAAGAAGGAGAUCGUCCCGCCCUACGUUCCCCCCGUGAAGAGCGAGUUGUCGACCGACAUGAUCGAUCCGUCCUUCACCGGCGAGGACGCCACCCUCUCCGUCACCGAUAACGGAUCGGAGCUGUCCAAGGCCGAGCAGGACAACUUCGGUGGGUUCACCUACGUCGCUCCCUCCAACCUCAAGUAG